UCAGGAUGUCGAAGCACAUUUGUCUGGUACCAAACGAAUGGUCUAACAACUUCUACACGCCAGAUAUUCUGGAAGUAAUUUUCAAAAAAAAUAUGUCUUGCGAUUCGGUAACUAAGAAAGUUGAAGGGGUAAGGAUCAACGUGAAUGGUGUAACUGCCCAAUUACACUACCACCACGAUCAGCCAUGGCUACGAAAGGAACAGGACAAAAGGACCUUACCUAAUCCCAAAGAAUAUUUUGGAGUGUACAUGUCCUGCAACAGCUGUCAGAACCCUCGUUCGGAUCAAUCGACUCAAGAGCUUUUGAUUUAUGAAGACGACGCUUAUUUUGACAACACAUUACUAGGCAUCUGUGUGUUUAACAUGGCACAUCAUCAAUAUAUCUUCUAGGCACCACGUCAAUAAUUGGCCCUUUUAUGGAGCAGCUUACAGAUGGUGCUCUUCCGAGAGACGAUUUUUCAUUACUACAAGUAUAAAGUAAUUAAAGGUUCUACUAUUCACAUAAAACAUAUAAAUGCGUGCCGCGUGCCUAGAAUACCAUACUCAGCAUUUCUCGAUGUGUCAAUAUUAUGCAUUGUUCAUACCUUGCAUCUAAUGUGUUCACCUGUAAGUUCUUUUUCCUCUCAGCUUCAGUGAACAGGAAGCGCAUUCAAACUUUCAAACCAUAGUAAAUGAGUUUAUUUUGUUUCAGAAACCGGCCAAUUCAUAUGUGAAGUCAGUACAAGACAGUGCCAAAGAUUAUAUAUUUUUAGUGUACAUAUAUUUCAUUAAUAAAUUAUUGAAAACUAUGUCUUGACUAACUGAAUAUCAAUAAACCAAAUUUUACAUGAAAAAUACCUAUCAGUUCAGAGAGAUGCAAAUAAAUUGGCAGCUCAUUGAACAGCAAAUACUAUUAUGACAUGUCUGGCUGUUUCAAUUGAUGGCAUUGAACUUGUAAUUUGACUACAUAUAAGACCUCUAGAACAUUAAUCAUCGAACUGUUAGUGCCAGUUUAGUUUUACAAGUGUAUUAUUUACCUUGUAUGGUUUGAUAUUGUUUUUAAAUAAUACGGAAACUUGAAAAAACUGAACAUAUCAACAUAUCAAUGUGGUUAGGAUAAACUACAUAUCGUUUCCUAUAGAUACAUUUGGUCACUCGCGUUUCAGGGGGCUUCCGUUUCUGAAGGCACACGCGAUACGGAGGGUGUACAACUUCACCCUUUUCGAGUUCCUUUUUAAGAGUCUGAGAGCACACGCGCGAUGUGUGUCAAGCUCGGAGGCAGAUCGCAUUCUACCCGGCGUUCCGCAACGAUCACCGCGAGUCAUGAUUCGGGGAAGGGAAGGGUAGGUGGAAACUGCACAUUGU